AUGAGAAACACCACUUUGAAGCUCAUUAUUGGGCUUGGCUUAUUAGCUACAAUGACUUAGGCUGUAGUCUUAGGUAUUGAUUUUGGAUCUUAAUACUUUAAAAUCAGCUUGAAUGCUCCAAGAAAGUAAUUCUUGAUAGUAGAAAAUACUACCUCUUAGCGCAAGACUUAGAAUGCAAUUUCAUUUUACAAUGGAGAAAGAUAAUAUGACAAAGAUGCUUCCAACAAGCAAGUUCGUACUCCCGAAACAUCGUUUGUUUUCCUAGAUAAAUUUUUAGGUGCUCUAGAAAGUGACUAGGAAGUAUUCGAAGUUGCUAAAAAGUAUUAUGAAGAGUAUGCUCUUAGCAUUGACCCCGAAAGAAAAACAGUACUCUUUGAGUUAAAGAAAUUUUAACUUAGUGAUCCUGAAGAAAUCCUCAUCCUCUCUAUUGAAGAAGUAGUAGGUAUGAUCUUGCUUUCUGCUAAGCGUUAUGCCGAAAAGCAUUCCGAAAUCUAGAAUAUUAGAGACUGUGUUAUCUCUGUUCCUGUUAACUGGUCUAUUCGUCAACGUACAGCUUUAGUUUAAGCUGCAAGAAUAGCUAGCCUUGCACCAAUUGCUUUGAUCCAUGAUAACACUGCUGCUGCUCUUCAUUAUGGUAUUCACAAACUUGCUGAAAACUAAACUUAGACUGUACUUUUCUACAACAUUGGAGCAACUAACAUUCAAUCAACUCUUGUUGAUUACUCUUAUGUCAAUAAUACCUCUAAGUUCGAUACAUAGACUACUAUUCCUGUCAUUACAGUUUUAGCUGAUUACGGUAUUAAGGAUGUUGGUGGUUAUGCUUACGAUCUUACCUUAGCUCAUUACUUUGCUGAUAUUAUCGACAAUUUGCCUUAACGUAAGGGAAAACCUUCUUUCCGUACUAAUCGUAGAGGUAUGGUUAAACUCUUAAAAGAAUGUAAUAAGGCUAAAGAAAUCUUAUCUGCUAACAAGGAAAUGACUUUCUUUUCUGAAGGUUUACUUGAUGGUAACGAUUUUAGAGCUCAAAUUAACAGAACAGUAUUCGAAGAGAAAGCUGAAUCUCUUUUAAGUUAAGUUACUAAGCCUAUUGAGGCAAUUUUAGCAAAAGCAAAUAAAACAAUAGCUGAUAUUGAUGUUAUCGAACUUAUUGGUGGUGGUAUUAGAGUUCCAAAAAUCCAAUAAAUUUUAAGCGAAUAUUUACAAGGAAAGGAAUUAGGUUUCCACAUGAAUGGAGAUGAAUCAACUGCUCUCGGAGCAGCCUUCCAUGCUGCCAACUAUUCAGCUUCUUUCAGAGUUAAAAAAAUCUUCUUAAAUGAUGGUUACAAUUUUGACAUUAGAAUCGAUAUCUCUGAUACAUAAUAAGAUAACAACUCCACAGAAGUUGAUGCUGAUUAUUAACCUUACAACAAAACUUAUAAUUUAUACCCUGCAAAAACUCGUUUCAAUACAAGAAAAACCAUCUCUUUAAAGCAUGAUAGAGAUAUCACCAUUGAUGUGUAUGCCUAAUACCCUGAAGGAAACUCCCUUAAGCUUGCAUAAUACAACAUUACAAAUAUUACUGAGAUUUAAUAAAAAGAAUUAUACAAGGAAGCAGGAAAACCUAAACUCUAAUUAACUUUUGAGCUUGGUAGCAUUAAUACUAUUGAAUUAGUUGAUGCUGUAGCUUAACUUAACAUUACUUAAACUGUCGAAGUUGAAGAAGUGAAGCAAGCUGAACCUCUCCCUACUUUAACCGAUGGAGAAGAAAAUGAUGGUGAAAACGAUGAAUAAUAAGCCAAAAAAGAAACUUAAACUCCAACUGUUGAAAAGAAACUUAAAUAGAAAUCAAGAAUUGUCAAUUUAGAAUUAGAUAUUUAUGAACGUUAUCCCCUUUUCAGACUUUUAAAUUAAACUUAAGUAGAAGCAAGUGUAGCAAAACUUAGAAAGUUUGAUUCUCACGAAGAAAAGAUUAAAAGAUUAGCUUCAGAAAAGAAUGCUUUGGAAUCUUUCAUUUAUCAAAUUAGAGACUUAGUAGAUGAUAGCAAUUUCCAAAAAUUCUCAGUAGAAUCUGAAAGAAAAGAAGCCUUAGAAUUAGCAGAAUAAAAUAACGAAUGGCUUGAAGGAGAUGACUCAUUCAAUGCUGUAUAUGAAGAUUAUAAACAAAGACUCACUGCUAUGAGAAACGUUGUCAAGCCUAUUCAAAAAAGAAUGGAAGAAUAUAACAAGAGACCUUAAGCUUUGAACAACACUUUAAAUAAAAUUACUGAUUUUGCUAGCAAAGUUUCAAAGCUCAACAAAACUAUGAGUUGGGUAACUGAUGAGUAAAAGCUCCCAAUUGUCAAGCUUCUUAAUUAAACCUCCUCAUGGUUACAAGAAAAGAUUGAAGCAUAAGAUAAACUUGAAUUACACCAAGACCCAGCUUUUACUGUCCUCGAACUCGAAAUGAAGGUUAAUGAAAUCAAGAGAGAAUUUGAUAGAAUCAAGAGAAUUAAGAAACCUAAAGAGGAAAAGAAAGAAGACAAAAAAGAUGAUAAAAAGGAUUAAAAGAAGGAUGACAAGAAGGAAGAAAAUAAGGAUGAUAAGAAGGAAGAAAAGAAAUAAGAAGAUAAAAAGGAAGAUAAAUCAUAAGGAGAUGGUAAUCAAAAACAGACAGAUCUUUGA